AUGUCCUCCGACAACCGUCUCGACGCUCUCGCAAUCGUGCUUCACAAUGUGACGGCUGAAAACGAUCGAUUGAAGGAAAACCAGGAGGAGUUACAGCGAGCGAACAUUGAAAAUGAACGGCAACUUGCGGAACGGAUGGACGCCAUCGACAACCAGGUCCACGUGUUCACUAAUCGCGUGAGCGGACUCGUCGCCAGAAUAGCUUCUGUGGAGGCGGAGCUUCGGAAGGAAAAGAAGAAGGUGAAGCGAGAAAGGGAGAAGGUCGAGUAUUACGAGUCGCGGAUGAACGAGUCGGAGCAGAAGUGCGGCGAGCAAACCGAACAACGCGAGGAUGCUCCGCCUCGUCCAGAAUGCGACAUCUGUCUCCAGGAGUACUCUGCUCAUCCGGAUCACGUCCCUCGAGUUUUGAGCUGUGGUCACACCGUGUGCGAUGGAUGCUCCUUGAAGAUGGUCAUUAGCGGGCAGAUUGUGUGUCCGUUCGAUCGGAAGAGGUUCUCGAUGCCCGAGGAAGGACUGCCGAAGAACUAUGAAGUUGCGAAGAUGCUCUGUAUGUAA